CAAGCGAUGCGGCGUUCCAGGCCGUCAUCAAACAGUCGGGGGAUAAAUUGGUGAUAAAAGUUGAAUCGGACUCUCGGGUCGCGGUGCAUCAUGCAGCAGUCCGACGGUAAGAGCUCCGGAGGCGGCGGGCUGGACGGCUGUCUCCUGCAUCACCGGACCGAGGCGGCCGGCGGGACGUGCAUCGGAGACAGGAUGGUGAAGGUGGAGUCGGGCGUUCUGCUGUCCUCGUCCCAGACCGCCGAGCUGGCCUUCCUGCGCUCGCGCGUCCGAGACCUGGAGCGGGAGAAGGCGGAGAUGGGGGCGGAGAACCAGCGGCUCCGGACCAUGCUGGUCAACGAGAUCCCCGGGCUGCUGUCCACCAUGUGGCAGACCCUCGGGCAGAACAACACCAGCAGCCACCACCACCACUCCCCUCUCUCGGUCUCCAUGACGACGGGGAGGGGAGGAGCCCGAGACUACGGCUCUUCCUACUCUCAGCACCACCCGCUGCAGCCGGCCAGCCACACCUCGGAGGACGGGGAGUUCAGCCCUAGCGACCACCUCGACGACCACUCCACGCUCGGCCCCGAGGACCUAAGUGGGGACAUGGUGGACUACGGCGAGGAGGAGGAGGAGGUGCCCGGGGGGGAUCUGGGUAUGGGCGGAGACAUGAUGGGGGAGGAGCCAAUCUGCAGCCAGACGGACAUGGUGGAGGCGGAGCUGAGGAGGCGGGGCGCGGAGAGCCAGUGCGCUAACAGACAUGCUAGCAGCCAUGCUAGCAGCCAUGCUAACAGCCAUGCUAGCAGCCACGCCAACAGCCAUAUCCACCACGUGGAGGUGUACCCGGGCUCCGGGGUCAUGUGUGACGUGCGCUCCUGGCACGCGGCCAACCAGGCGCAGUCGCCCACGGCGAUGGCGCGCACCCUGCUGCUGGGCGUGUUCGACAUGGAGACGCUCAUCAGCAGCAACCUGCGGGGGGGGCGGAGCCGGCGGCCCGCCUUCCACCCCCAGCGCAGCGCCCUGGACCCCCACCGCAUCAACGCCAUCUUCAAUGCCACCCUGGCCCGGUUCCCCCAGGCCCGUAAGGGGGUGAUCGGUACCGGCAUCAACUCCAAGCUCUCCGAGAUCCGCUUCCGCUUCCGGAAGGCCAACCCGGUGUUCGUCAUCCCCGGGCCGUGUGAGGGACAGCCCGUUAGCCCCGCCCACCUCAGAGCCAACGCCACAUAACCCCCCCCCCCCCCCCCAAGGCUAACCUCGCCGCUGCACUGUGUGUGUGUGUGUGUGUGUGUUGGAGUGAGGAUGGGUGUGUGUCUGAGGGUGCGAGUCUGUGUGUACUUUGUGUGUCUCUGUGUCUCUGUUUGUGUGUGUUUGUGUCUCUGUGUGUGUGUGUGUGUGUGUGUGCGCGUGCCUGUGCGUAUGUGUGAGUGUGUGUGAGGGAGACAUGCUUCCACAGUGAUUCCUCUCAUGUCGGAGCUCUGCUGCUUUGUGUCAAAACAAAGAAUCCACCCUGGCGUUCUUCAGCCGCGGUCUCUAAGUGCUGCCCGUGGAGCUCUGAGCGCUCCAGUCUGCCAGGGGCGCUGGAGCCGGAACACGGUCUGGAUUCAGAGGCUGAGGGCAGGCUGGUCGGGGACAAGAUGAGAGAAGGUUAUACUUUACUGAUCCCAGACGGGUCGUCUUUGGUUAUAACCGAGGUCGGCGUUUAGGAUUUGGUCGUGGAGAACCAAUAAAAAAAGUGUGGACAUGGCCUGAGACACACACGCACACGCACACGCACA